GGUCAUUCCACCGGAGGUCCGUGUGGUGUACUCGGAUAUAGUAACCGACGAACGGCCAGAAGUCGGAGCUGCGUUACAGCUAGACGUUGAGAUAGAUUAGGGAAGCUUGUUAUUAAGAUCUACUGGCUAUGCUCUCGUCAUACGCUAUUUAAGUUUUUGUGAAGGAGCUGUCGUAUCGCCAUACUGACAGAGCAAUUCGUCCUGCUCUCUCUCUUCGUGAAGGAUGAUAGACAUACUUCUUGUUCCACGAGUAACAAUAUUUCUCAUACUUCUUCUUGUCGUUCUUCGCAAUACAACUUGUAGUCUUCAAUUAAUCACCGUCUAACCCUUCACUCUCUUAUAGUCAAAACCCCAGCUCACCCGCCUUGCUCUUCCCUCUCCUAUAAGAACCGUUCUGCUUCAUCUAAAGACAAUUGCCGUUAUGUGACCUUGUCGAGGCAAUCGUCAAACUAGAGGAAGGGCAGAUCGAAGACGCGAAUUCAAGUACUUUUGAUGUUGAGCAUGAUGGUCAACAAGUACAGUUGUCGGACGUGACAAAUUCGAGCUCAAUGGGUGCUGGAGGUGCCUUGGAUACUUUGGAAACAUCAUAUGGUAUUCGUCCCUCAGGAAGUCUGCAGCUGCUCAAUAGCGGGAGGCCGUCUGCGUCUGACAUUGAAAAUCAUGGUGGAAAUAGCAGUAGGUCUGUAGAGCUGUCGGGAGGUGGUGGAAGUGCUCAAGAAGCUUCAACAUCUUUGACUGGGCCUGGCGACUUAGAUGUUGAACACAAUCACCCACAGCUACGUCAACAAACCUCCAUGGAGAAAUCGUCGUCGUCGUCUGGUCCUAGAGCAGAACACCUGUCACAGGAUGCUGUUAGCCACCAGUAUCACCAGUACAACAGGAGCUUAAGGCUGAUGAAAAUAAUACAAGUUUAACUUUAUAUUCGUACAGUUUUAGAAUUCGUAGUUCAUGAUCUUUAGUCAAUUUAUUCAGUACUACUUGGUAUUUAAGACGUGAUUUCACCCGUUGCCCAGCUCUAAGAAUAAGCGGUGCAGCAGAGGCGGCUGGCGGAGGCACUAGUGCUAUUUUGGGUCGGACGAGUUCGUGUGGAGCGUCUGGCGAGCUGCUGCAAUGGGGAGACCAAGGCAUCUAUUCUGCGCCUUCUCAACCUGUUUAUUUAUGACUGAACGAAGCAGGAUUGUAAUGGUCGUGUUUGCAAAUGCAUCCUGCUGCUCUGUUUUUUUCUGUGGCUCUGGAACACUUUAAGUAAGUAUAUAUUUAAGUGUCCCCCUGUUUUUUGCAUCUACUUCUAUAAUAUUUUUCUUCCGAAUUAUUUCGCUUUACUUAGUACUUACCCUUUUUGAAGUCUACAUUUGAAUGAUUCUCACCUCGAUGACCUGCUUUUGUGCCCGCUUUUUCUCCCUUCAUACCAUCCUCCACCGACUGCUUCUUCUAGCAGUUCGUCUGGUAGCAGUUCAUCACGUCGAGUCGUAACGAAGAAGGAACCCGCAACAGACUUACC